GCAAGCUUAGAGCAGUCACACACCAUGACGCCUGCAGACGCUACCCACUAGUCAUCGGGUGUUUGGAGCGUCAAUUAUGGCUGCGGCGGAAAAGGAAGUUGGUGCGGGCGUUGAAUCGGGAGAGCAAGGGUUGCUUCAGACGACCCCGUUCCGUUUCCUUCAAAGGUCUUUUAAAGACCCCGCCUUCGAGAAACUUUAUCAGUCCUAUAGCGUGAAACAGAAGCGUGCUGGUCUCGAGGUGUUCCUGUACGCUGCUAUUCUGUAUGAUGUGUAUAUGUUGUUGGUGCCAGGUGGACAAGAUGCCCUCAUGCGUGGACUCACCAUCGCUUUUCUUGGCCUCAAUCUCGGGCUGUUGGCUUGGUGCUGCCGCGGGAUCCAACACUGUUCAGCGUGGGCUGCUGUGCCUCAUAUCGCUUGGCAUCUCGCCAACUCUCAGCUACUGGCACACCUGUUCCUCAAGAAAAACGAGGUGACUGGCAGGGAUUCUCUGGGCUGGGUCUUGCUGCUGGACUACCUGCUCUUUGUGACGCUGCCCCUGAGGCUACGCUACUGUGUUGUGCUUAGUGUGGGCACAUGUGCCUCAUACCUCGUGGCUAUAGUGGGACUCGGCAAGUCCGACACCCAUCUUCUCCAACAGGUGGUAGCGAAUUGCCUCUUGCUGCUGACCGCCAACCUUUUGGGCCUGACGUCCUAUUACCUGGCGGACAAGCAACAACGCCGAGCUUUCCUGGAAACGCGUCAAUCCUUGGAGAUGAAGCUUGUCAUAGAGGAGCAGUCGGCCGAACAGGAGCGGUUACUUUUGUCGGUACUGCCCGAACACGUAGCUGUCAAGAUGCGCCAAGACCUCGGAUCCUCGAAAGACAGCCAGUUCAAGAAGAUCUACAUGAGUCGACAUGAGAACGUGAGCAUCCUGUAUGCCGAUAUUGUGGGAUUCACGGCCAUAUCCUCAACAUACUCUGCUUCCGAGCUUGUAAAAAUACUCAACGAGCUCUUCGCAAGAUUUGACAGAUUAUCAGAGCGCUACCAGCAGCUGAGGAUCAAGAUACUAGGUGACUGCUAUUACUGCAUCAGCGGGGCUCCACGAGAAAGGCCAGACCACGCCGUGCUCUGUGUCCAUAUGGGGCUGUCUAUGGUCAAAGCUAUAAAAUACGUGCAGCAGAAGACCAACUCGCCGGUGGACAUGCGAGUGGGUAUCCACACGGGUGCAGUGCUGGCAGGGGUGCUGGGGCAGCGACAAUGGCAGUUCGAUGUGUACUCCAAGGACGUGGAACUGGCCAACAAAAUGGAGAGCAGCGGCUUGCCUGGCCGUGUACACAUCUCCGAGAAGACACUGAGUUACCUGAACGGGGAGUUCGAAGUGGAGCCUGCGCUAGGGGAGAAACGGGAAGAGAUGUUGCGUAUGGCCGGAAUAAAAACAUUUUUCAUUGUUAAAGCUCUGAAACCGUUCCGACCAUCAACGCCGGAUGUCCGUAACGGCACUGUGACUGAGGAGACGGCCGCCAGCUGCGACGCGACGCCUGACAACAAGGAAGGAGAGGACGAUUCCGCGUGCGCGAGUCCAGUGGACGACAAUCACGUGCUGAGCAACGGACGAGCGAGAGGAGACUCUGCAGACUUCAAGAAGCGCCUACGGAAGGAACUGGUCAACAGAGACGGACACAGGGACUUGAUGAACCACACUACGUUUUUCACUUUAUCGUUCAAAGAUGGAACAACAGAGCGGGACUACAACUUGCACAAGGAAUCAUUUUCCAGCAUCUCUGUGUUGGGCUGUCCGCUGGUACUCCUCAUCACUUCAACUGCACAGUUUGUCGUGCUGCCUAGGGAUCUGAUGAACAUCCUGUCAUUUGCAAUUGGUUUCCUGCUCCUGGUGAUUCUGUCGGUAAUGAUUGUGGCCGAGUUCUUCCCUUCAUCAUUCCCAGGACUUCUGGUGCGAUGUAGUGAAGCUAUGAACAAUUCCUUAUGGAUGAGGAGAAUCAUCGGCGUUAUAGUGAUCGUCCUUCUUGGAGUUGCCAAUGUUGUCGACAUGGUUUCUUGCACAACUCCGUCGUCUCCAAGCAACUGCACGAUGACUGAGGACCUGGGCAGUGCGUGCUUAUAUCCUUCGUAUUUCUCAUAUUUCUGCGUGCUAGUCCUUGUGGCUGCCACUCUCCCCGCUCAAGUGUCCCACCUCGUGAAGGCUGGUCUCUUGUUCCUCAUCACACUGGCCCAUUGCUGCAUGAAUGUAAUUGUGAUUGGCCCAGCACUUGACUGCGAGGAGGCGACCAAUCACAGAGACUGGAUAAACAUAGCGCCUGGAAAGUAUGCACUCUGUGGUCUUCUACUGGCUGUUACAAUAGCUCUGGUUUUCCUUGCUCGCCAUCUGGAGAAAGCAUCCCGCGUGCUGUUCCUAUGGAAGACGGAAGUGGAGGACCAAAGGGAAAGAGCAUCCGACAUGCGACGCCGCAACGAGGCGCUAGUGUAUAACAUCCUGCCACCACACGUUGCAGCUCACUUCAUGGGCAGCCGCAAGAGGCAGCACGAGGAGCUCUACAGUCAGAGCUAUGCAGAAGUCGGAGUACUAUUCGCCUCUAUGCCUAACUUCUCAGAUUUCUAUUCAGAAGAGACCGUGAAUAACCAGGGCCUGGAGUGCUUAAGGUUUCUGAACGAAGUCAUCUCCGAUUUUGAUGCUCUGCUGGAACUUCCACAAUUUCAGGAUAUUAUAAAGAUCAAAACUAUAGGUUCUACAUACAUGGCUGCAAGUGGACUGAAUCCAUCUCGGCAAGUCAAGCCAGAUGAUCCAAUUCAAGUACGCUGGUCUCACCUCGCACUUCUAGUGGAAUUCGCCCUUGAGCUGAAGAAGGCACUCCAAGGUAUCAACGAGCAAAGCUUCAACCACUUCGUGCUGAAGAUGGGAAUAAACCACGGACCGAUCACGGCUGGAGUGAUUGGCGCUCGUAAACCGCACUACGAUAUCUGGGGCAAUUCUGUCAACGUAGCCUCACGUAUGGAGAGCACGGGGAAAGCAGGAUGUAUCCAGGUAACCGAUGAAACUACUGAGAUUCUCAAGCAUUUCGGUUACGUUUUUGAGCAGCGUGGAUUGGUAUCGGUGAAGGGAAAAGGGCAGCUUAUGACAUACUAUCUCAUUGGCAAAGGUGGGACAACACCCUCAAAUCCAGAAACAACCUUCAAGGACGAAGAAGAAACCAAAAACAACCCUGAUUCUGUUUUGGGAUUAGACGAAGACAUCACAAUCCACCUCGAAACAAAUGAAAAUUCUUUCGACAAUCCUGUACAUAAUAAUACAACAGAGCAUAUUCUAACUCAAUACAACGCCGAAGACAAGCCGGGCUCGACGGAAGGACCCGAAAAGCAAAAUACUGAACAUAAGUUGGACUUGUCCGCCGAUCCCAUACACCAGUUAUCUGAAGACACGUCACCGUUAAUAUUAAGUUCUACAGCCGCAACUUCUGGGUCAAGUGAAACGCACUUACUGCAGAAAUCAGACGCCGAUGACUGAAAAGUUUGGUUUUAUUUGAUAGAAACAGCGUUUACGUAUGAGUCGCGUCGAUGCAUACAGGGUAAAUAAACUACAGAAAUAUGUUACCCAGAACUGUUUGGGAUAACCGACUUUCAACUAAAACACAUCGUCUCACAAAUGUGAAUUAUAAGGACUCAUGUUUAUGUGUCCUUGGGCGACAAUCGUGUGGGACCAUGUUACGCUAAGGAACAGCUUUAUUUAUGAUAAAUAUGUUGGGAAAUUUUUCCACAUGGUGAAAUAAAAAUGCACGAAGGCCUCCUCUAUUCCAAUACGGUAUAAUAUUUCACAGUAAAUUGUAAGUAGGAAAGGUUUUCUUUACCAUGGCACUUAUAGAUUAUUGCUGAUGAAAUAUGAACAUAAAAGUUCCUUGUAGUAUCUUGAAUGUAUAUAAAGUGACACUGAAUAUUGCUGUUAUAAGAGGAGGGCCCGUCAGAACUAUAGAUCUGCAAACCAAUUAAUCUGUAAAUUUGUUCCGGUAGUAGGUUCGGCGAAUACAGUUUGAUGUACAGUGAAACACAGAAGCCUAUAUGCCUAAUAUUUGUGUAAAGUUUGUAAGUGGAAGUAUCCGUAAAUCAAUGUAAAUGCUUUUCUAUGUUAGAAGUAAGUUGUAUAUCCGACGUCGACCAAUUUGUUAGGCCUACAAACUCUUUGGGAAAUGAGUGAGUGUCGAUUCGUGUCUGCGUGGUAAGCAAUGACAAAGUCCGUCUCCGGGACUGAUAUUCUCUUAUUCAAAAAGUUAGAAAGGGAUAUAAUUUUUUAGAUUUUCAAGGCGCAAUUCUUCAUGCCGCUAUUUUCUGUCUUGACACCGUGUAAUCUUGUUGGCGGACAUCCACGUUUCGGGGGAACACGUUGCCAUCUUCUUAAGGGUUGAAGUGUGAAGGAUGAAGAAUUUUUUGAGGCAUAUUUCAUUGAAAAGUUUACUGAGAACCGAGGGAAGGGGUAAAGAAGAGAACCCUGAGUCAGUACAACGACGACAGUGAGUAUAGAACGUCCCUUCAAGGGGUAAAUUCUCCCAUGUGACAAAAAACUGAGUGUGACCCCUUAUAAAGUCCGUUUUCCAAAGAAUUUUCCCAAUGCUCUCGACCGAGCUCGUCGUCGUUAGCGCCUUCCUCGGGUGUCGGUAACACCUUCUUUUUAUCCUGUCUAAGUAACCCAGCAAAUUCCUCAACUAUACACCUCAACCUUGAAGAUGGAGGCAGCAUGCUUCUUCGAAAUAUCCUGAUCAGCAGACAAGAGUAAACAGUGUCAAAACCCAGAAAACAAAAACUACAAAAAGAUGCCUGUAGCACACUGAUCAGUAGGCCAAUGGCUGAUCUGAAAUGUGAUUCCUGAAUCCAGAUAACCCCAGUAGAAUGCAACAAAUUUUCAUUUCAGGAAUGGUAUAUGCUUUAGUUAAUCUGAUAGUAUUUUUGGUUUAUACAUGUGUAUGUAAGUAGUUUAUUUUAAAUUUUUGGUGAGUUAUGGAAUGUAAUUUGGUUCGUGUAUUAAGUUGUAUGUAGAUAUUUUACGAUAUGACAGAUUGUGAGAUCAUGCCUUUAUUUGCAAACAGAAUAUUUGUUUUAGAUCAUUACUUUCAAAUUCAGAAUUUAAGAAGGUUCAACAAAGAAUAAACAAGUGUGUAAUUCUUUCAUGUAUCCAACCACAAUUGGAGUUGACAUGGACAAAACUUCUGUUUCGUAGUUAUAUAUGUUUCUCAUUUGUGAAAAUUAGUGGAUAAAUGUAUAACACUAAAUGCAUUAAGAAAACAAAUUAUUAUCCAUGAAGUUGGAAUGCAAUUGGAAAUAUCUUCAUCUUCAACAUGUGUGUUCUGCAAUGACACAGUUCAUUAGCACAGUACUUCCAAAAUAAUCUAUUAAUUCAAAAACAAAUUUCAGUUCCAGUAAAAUUUUAUGUGGGCAAUGUGAUGCAUUUAACGUACUAGAACAGAAGUAAGAAUUUAGUUGGUGUUCAGUAAGUUACUGUGUAUGUGACUGGACCAUGACCUUUCUGCCGCAGGUUCGUCCCGAGUAGAAUUUGAUGUUUCCCCACUGCAACACACACAAUGUUAUUGUAUUGUGGACAUAGAAAAACUGCAAUGUAAAAAUGUCGGGCAGGUUGCUUAAUGUAUUGUAUAUACAUGUACUACUGAUAGGACAAGUGAUUGUAUAGAAUUGUACGGUACAAUUGUGAGGAAAGAAUACUGACUGAGUGUCCCAUCUGUA